GGCUCCGUCCAUCUCGACAGCCGAGAAGCCCAUCAGCCAUGUCCGAUUCGGGCGGCGGCGGCGGCGGGGAGGACGGCGGCCUGGAAGCGGGCGGCUCGGCGGUGCAAAAUGUGGCGGACGUGUCUGUGCUGCAGAAGCACCUGCGCAAGCUGGUGCCGCUUCUGCUGGAAGACGGCGGGGAGGCCCCGGCCGCCCUGGAAGCGGCGCUGGAGGAGAAGGGCGCCGUGGAACAGAUGCGGAAGUUCCUCUCGGACCCGCAAGUCCACGCAGUGCUGGUGGAGCGCUCCACCCUCAAGGAGGAUGUUGGUGAUGAAGGAGAGGAAGAAAAAGAAUUUAUUUCUUAUGGAAUAAGCACUGAUAUUCAUUAUGGUAUAAAAUCAAACAGUUUGGCUUUCAUUAAGCGGGCACCAGUAAUUGAUGCAGACAAGCCUGUGUCAUCCCAGCUCAGAGUUCUCACUCUCAGCGAAGAUUCUCCCUAUGAAACUUUGCAUUCCUUCAUUAGCAAUGCUGUUGCUCCGUUCUUCAAGUCCUACAUCAGAGAAUCUGGCAAGGCAGACAGGGAUGGGGAUAAAAUGGCUCCCUCAGUUGAGAAAAAAAUUGCAGAACUUGAAAUGGGACUUCUGCAUUUGCAGCAGAAUAUUGAAAUACCAGAGAUUAGUUUACCAAUUCAUCCAAUUAUCACUAAUGUUGCCAAGCAAUGCUAUGAACGUGGAGAAAAGCCAAAGGUUACAGAUUUUGGUGAUAAAGUUGAGGACCCAAGUUUUCUCAACCAGCUACAAUCUGGAGUUAAUCGCUGGAUUAGAGAAAUCCAAAAGGUGACCAAAUUAGAUAGGGAUCCUGCAUCAGGUACUGCUUUGCAAGAAAUCAGUUUCUGGCUAAAUUUGGAACGUGCUCUUUACCGUAUUCAGGAGAAGCGUGAAAGCCCUGAAGUUCUGUUAACUUUAGAUAUUUUGAAACAUGGCAAACGGUUUCAUGCUACUGUUAGCUUUGAUACAGAUACAGGCGAGACAUGA